UGUCCAAUCAGCGCCUUCCAUAAAAUAAAAUACGGACCUGUAAAGUUCUUUACUGUGAUUCGUUCGAUAGUAGAUGCAUGCUGAGUUCGUUUGUCUGUUUGCUCAUUGCUAUUAGGCUUCUGUAAAAAUGUUGGAAACUGAAGAAAGACUUCUUCCUCCUCCUGUUCUAUGGGCUCAAAGGAAACAUCUUAUAUAUUUGAAGAUAGCUUUGGAAGAUUGUAAAAAUCCUACAAUUCAGUUAGAAAAGGAUAAAUUGUAUUUCAAGGGUAAAGGAGGCCCAGACAAUAAAGAAUAUGAAGUAACUUUAAACUUUUUUAAAGAAGUAAAACCAGAGGAUUCAAAACAUGUUGUUAGAGAUCGGGGAGUUGAAUUUGUUUUAAUUAAAACAGAGGAAGGUCCUUAUUGGAGCAGAUUACUUCAAGAUGCCAAAAAGCAUCAUUGGUUGAAAGUUGAUUUUAACAAAUGGAGAGAUGAAGAUGAUUCCGAUGAUGAUGUUGGUAGUGGCACAGAUUUUGAAGAGAUGAUGAGACAGAUGGGAGGGUUAGGUGGUGGAGGAACAGAUUUGGGAGAUUUGGAUGGUGAACCAGACAGUGAUGAUGAUGGUAAGAUGAACAUUUAAAAUUUUUUGGAAUAU